GAGAGGGAACCUUGAUUCUUAAUUCCUUGUCUACCCUGAACGACACUACUAUAAAUAACUAUGAACUCACAUACAAUUUUAUUACAAUAUCAAAACAUACACAGAAGUAAGCAGUGCCUUAGAAUAAUAAUGGGGUUCCAUUAUUUCACAUACAUCCUAGCUUUUCUCACUGUGGGUUCUCUAAGACUAAGGCUACUAUGUACUCGGGGAUGUCUCUGUCUAUGGCACAUACUCUCCUCUCUUCACGCGCAAAAACAGUAUCAAUCAAAGUUGAGUGUGCCAAUGGUCCCCAGCCAACCAACAGAGGUAACUUAUGGAACAAGUUGGACAUAAAAAAAAGGCAAUGCCCAAAGUCUACUCCGAUCACCAUUCCUGGUACUCAGCAACCUUAUCGUCAACUAUGUCAUCGUCUUCUAAACUCAUCUACAGCUACACUCAUGUCAUGAAAGGCUUCAGCGCGAGUCUCUCGGCUGAGGAACUCAGAGCCAUAAAGAACGCUCCGGGCUAUGUUUCGUCGAUCAGAGACUUACCUAUAACAGUUGACACCACACACUCGUCCCAAUUCCUUGGCCUCAAUCAAGUUUCCGGAGCAUGGCCGGAAUCUAACUACGGGAAAGACGUAAUAAUUGGGUUGGUGGACACGGGUGUUUGGCCCGAGAGCAAAAGCUUCAGUGACGAGGGAAUGUCCGAGAUUCCGACCAGGUGGAAAGGAGAAUGCGAGAGCGGGACCCAGUUCAACUCCUCCUUGUGCAACAAAAAACUGAUCGGAGCCCGGUUCCUUAACAAAGGACUACUCGCCAAGUCCCCCAACACUACGAUUGAGAUGAACUCCCCGCGCGACACCGAUGGUCACGGCACCCACACUUCAUCAACGGCCGCCGGGAACUACGUGACAGGUGCCUCGUAUUUUGGAUAUGCCAACGGAACCGCUAGAGGGGUGGCGCCGCUGGCCCGAGUGGCGAUGUACAAGGUUUUGUGGAGUGAAGGUUACACUUCGGAUGUAAUAGCAGCCAUUGACCAAGCGAUAACGGACGGUGUAGAUGUGUUAUCCUUAUCGUUUGGGCUGGAUGGGGUUCCUUUGCAUGAGGACCCCGUGGCAAUAGCCACCUUCGCUGCCCUGGAAAAAGGUAUUUUUGUCUCCACCUCGGCGGGAAACAAAGGACCGUUCUUUGGCACACUGCACAAUGGGAUUCCUUGGGUUUUAACGGUUGCGGCCAGUACAAUUGACCGAGGUUUCGCCGGAAUACUCAAUCUCGGGAAUGGAGCCUCCGUCUCGGGCUCAUCUUUGUUCCCGGGGAAUUCGUCCAAAACCCAGAUUCCGAUUAUCUUUAUGGAUGAAUGUGACAAUAUAAAGCAGCUGAAGAAAGUCAGGCAUAAAUAUGUCGUUUGUCAGGAUAGGAACAAUUCCUUAUCGGACCAAUUGAGUAAUGUUAAGAACGUUGGUGUAGCUGGAGCUGUUUUCAUUACCAACAACACCGACUUGGAGGACUACAUCCAAACCUCAUUCCCGGCCAUCUAUCUUAACUGGAAAGAUGGCGAAAUCAUCAAAGAUUACAUCAAGACUGAUUCGGAACCGAAAGCAAGUAUGGAAUUUCACCAAACAGUUCUCGGAACUAAACCAGCCCCUCAGGCAACUAGCUACACUUCUCGUGGGCCUUCGCCAAGCUGUCCGGCAAUCUUGAAGCCAGAUAUAAUGGCACCCGGAUCGCUUAUCUUGGCUGCGUGGCCGUCAAACAAUACAGCUGCUACGGUUAACAGUUCUUUCAAACUGUUAUCGGGAACAUCGAUGUCGUGUCCCCACACUGCGGGGGUGGCAGCUCUCAUUAAAGGAGCACGCCCCGACUGGAGCCCUGCCGCCAUACGUUCAGCCAUGAUGACCACCUCGGACAACUACGACAACACUCUUGGCCCCAUCAAAGACAUAGGCUUCGGAGAUGAACCAGCCAGCCCGCUAGCUAUGGGAGCAGGCCAUAUCAACCCCAACAAGGCUCUCGACCCAGGGCUCAUUUACGACGUAGAACUGGAAGAUUAUAUUAAUCUUCUUUGCGCGUUAAACUAUACAGAGAAGCAUAUUAAAAUCAUUACCAAGUCCGCCUCGGUGAAUUGCUCGACCCCGUCGUUUGAUCUUAACUAUCCAUCGUUUAUAGCGUUCUUCAAUAGAAAUGACUCGGAAUCGAAUUUGAAGACAGCAGUACAGGAGUUCCGAAGGACUGUGACGAAUAUAGGCGAGGGAAAGUCAACGUAUUUGGCAAGUGUGAGUCCCAUGAAGGGGUUGAAGGUUAGUGUUAACCCAGACAAAUUGGUGUUCCGAGAGAAGAACGAGAAGCAAAGCUUCAAAUUGAGUAUAGAAGGUCCGAGAAUGUUGAAGGAGACGGUAGUUUUUGGAUACCUGACUUGGAAGGAUUACGAAGACAAACAUGUGGUCAGAAGCCCCAUAGUGGCCACAAGCCUCGAUUCAACCGCGGUCUCGUAAGCUAAUAAGCUGAAUUAAUAUUGCACAUCAUUAUUACCACUCACCACUACGUACCAUGCUUUAUAUCACGCACAUUUCUCAUUUGCUCAAUCUAAUUUGAUUUCGACUAGGCUGUUUAAGUUUCUAGUUUGCUAAAUCAUAUGUGUAGACAUGUCAUGGAAAAGGAUUAGUUGUAUGUAUUGUUUGUGAUAAUAACUUAUUUUGUUGCAUGA